AUGUUGCAGGUGUAUCCGUGCCUUGGGUGCAGGUGCAGGUGCAAGGGCCACUUGCCAGUUGUGACAGGGAGUUAUCUAUGGCUUUACAAUAAAGAGGCAGGCAGGCGCGGGAGAGAGCAGGACUGCAGGAGACGUAGGCGGCAAAAAAGGGCAGGAAGGAAGGAGAGACCACGCUCGAGACAGUCGAGACAGUCGAGGCAGCGCAGGAAGCAGCAGCCCGAAGGCAGGAAGGAAGAGGAGCCACUGGCCAGGACUCAGGAGGGCGGUACAGAAGACAGGAGGCAGGGGGUGGGCCACACCUGCAGCAUCGCACCUGCCCUGCACCUGCCUGCACCUCACUCCUGGCACUCACACACUGCAGGAGCGCUGGCCGGUGUCUCGCCCUCCUGCCUCUGCUCCCACGCUCCUUCCUGCUCCUGGGCUGGUUGGCUCCUGCUCUGUUGUUAUUAUGGCUUGUUGCUGGAUGGCUGGCUGCCGCCCUCCUUCGAACCUGACCUUCCUGGCCAGUCCUGCUUGACCACUUCCUCCAAUCAAAUCGGGCUUGGUGGAGUCCAAGGCACUGCCUGGGGGUGCACGUCUCAAUGGCCCGAAGUUGGUGGUGUCUCUGUAGUAAAGCUCACGCUAAAACACAACCACGACACAGAGCAGCCAAAAGUUCGAACCUCUCGUCAUGGAAAUGGAAGAACAUGGACAAUUCGGUGGUGUACCAGAGAGACUGGCACGACGCGAGAGAGUCUGCCGUAUCUGCUGUAUCUGGUCUACCUGACGACGAACCAAACUGCCCUGGCGACGACGUCGUCUACAUAG